AUGAAAUUCAAGGGUCUGAAGGAUUCGGACAAUCUACAAUCUCGCGGCCUAAUCGUACAAAAGCGCAAUUUCCUCAACCCUGACAGACAUAAAGUAUCCAGGAUGAAACUAUCCGGAGCAGCCGUUCUCGCCCUUCUUGCGUCUUCUACAACAGCUGCGAGCUGGAACUGCCACGCCUCGGGCGGUGGUGGCCACCAAACGCUGUUACAGCUCCACGGCCAGUUCAACAGGCUAUUUGGAAACUCGAAACUCCAUAUCGCAGCUGACCAAUGCUAUUACGCUAAAUGCAACAGGCACUACUUUGGAGUUUGCAACCGCGCCUCGUACACUAAAUGGGAGAAAUCAGGGGACCGGAAUGUUGCGAAGAAUGCCAAUCCUGGAGGAGGUUCUGCGUGCGCAAUAUCUCCGAGUCCCGUUCAAGAACCCUACCUAGUCUAUAUUUUCAGUCAUGAAAAAGACAUUUCUAUCGGCGGCAGAAAGAACGACAUCAGGUAUUGCUAAGUUUGAUCGCAUGCCAAUUGACCACUCGACUGUCGGCUUAGAAGAACUUUGCUACCUACUAGCAGGCGGUGUCUUCACUUUAUACACUUGUAUCUACUAUAUCUGUUGUUGGAUGAAUAUAAGGAUAAAUAAAGCACCGUUUACUGCUUGUUUCAGUGGGUGGGGCGUGUUUUCUAGUCUGAUUAGUGAAAACAUUCCCGAGAGACCUCCAGGCUUCAGAUUCACGAGGUCAAGCAUGUUUAUUUAUCGUUCAUUCAUUCAUUUAUUCUAUUUGCCGUUUUAUUUAUAUAUUUUCUUCCGUUCGCAAAGUCCCCUACUAUGAGCAAUUUCGUGGACAUCAUUGCAUUUUCUUCAUAGGGAAAUUGAAAAUACUUAAAUCCUUGUGC